AUGAGGAACAAAGGAGAUUCAGCAAGCCCCGAGGGGCGUAGGGAGACGGGCUUGAUGCUUAACACUGUAAUUCUGAAGGCACGAAAUCUCGCCGCAGCGGAUCGAGGUGGUACCUCUGAUCCAUACCUCGUCUUGACCCUCGGUGAAAACAGGCACCAAACCCACUCUGUGUCUAAGACGCUUAACCCGCACUGGAACGAACAAUGCGAGUUCUACGUGAACGAGACACGGCACCUGCUCCUCGAUAUCAUCUGCUGGGACAAGGACAGAUUUGGAAAGGACUAUCUGGGCGAGUUUGAUCUCGCUCUCGAGGAGAUCUUCGCCGACGGCCACUACGAGCAGGAGCCGAAAUGGUUUCCUCUGAAGAACAAGAGGACGGGUAAGAAGGCCACCAAAGUCUCCGGCGAGGUUCUGUUGCAAUUCACUCUUUAUGAUGCUGCGAACCCAAAUGCUACCGACGCCGAAAUUGCUGCCAAGUUCACGGCUCUUACCAGCGCGGUUCCUGAGGCCGACCCCACGUCCAAGAACCCAACGCCAUCCCGCACGCCAGUUUUGGCUCCCACUAAGCCGAGCACCUCUCCGUCUCCACCCAUCAGCCGAAGGCCAACAGAGGAUGUUAGCGACGACGAUGACGCUGAGUAUGACAUUUACGAUGACGAAACACCCGAAGAGGAAGACCCAUCAAAGCCCGAAAGUGUCGAAAAGCGCAAACGACGGCUCCGAAUCAAGGGCUUGAAGCGCAAGAAGCGCGACAACCCCUAUGAGUUCACCAAUGGAGAUCGUAGCGACGUUGUCGGCAUCAUAUUCCUGGAGGUUGUCAAGAUCACCGACCUUCCCCCGGAAUCGAACUUCACGAAGACCGGUUUCGACAUGGAUCCUUUCGUGGUCGCGUCUCUGGGCAAGAAGACAUACCGGACUAAGGUCGUUCGACACAACUUAAACCCAGUCUUCAAUGAGAAGAUGAUAUUCAACGUACUUGGCCAUGAGCAGACCUACUCUUUCGCAUUCACCGUCAUCGACAGGGAUCGCUAUACGGGCAAUGACUUCAUUGCAUCCACGUCUCUUCCUCUCAAGGAACUCAUGGAGACGGCCCCUACUGCUGAUCCAGAAACUGGUCUUUACAGGCUCAGAGAGCCACCAGAGUUUGUGCAACCAGACAGCUCUUCGCAGAAGUCUCGUUUCAAGGCUGGGCAUGUCCCUUCCGUCCCGGGCGACGGCGCGGUGGAAACAACACAGCUACCUGUUCCUAACCCUGGACUUUUGGCGCCUGUCGACCAAACCGCUGCUGGGCCUGCGGUAGAGGCGGCUACAGAUGGCGAAGAUCCUGACUUUGUCCUGUUUGACGUGCCCUUGAAGAUGAAGAAUCUGGAGAAGUGGGAGGCGAAGCAUAAUCCAGUGCUUACUCUCAGGGCCAAAUACAUGCCCUACCCAGCCUUGCGGCAACAAUUUUGGAGAUCUAUGCUCAAGCAGUAUGAUACUGACGAGAAUGGGAGCAUCAGCAAGGUUGAACUGACAACCAUGUUGGACACCCUCGGCUCGACACUGCGAGACUCUACCAUUGACAGCUUCUUCAAGCGCUUCCCACAUGCUGCUAACAGCGGUGAAAGCGAUCUGACCACCGAUGAGGCCGUUAUCUGUUUGGAAGAUCAGCUUCUGUCCAAGCCGAAGCCAUCAAUGACUGAUCGCCUCAAGGACAGAUUGCCCGAUUUCGCAAAAGGGCAGUCUUCUGGAAAGGAGCCAGCUCCUAGUGAGGUAGCUCCUGGGCCUGAAACAGCACCUAGCAGUCAGACAUCCGCGUCUACCAUCACGGUUCCGAAGUUUUCCACUCCAGGCGAAGAAGGCGAAGUUUUAGCCGAGAGAGAUGAUCUCAAUGACCGCGGAGAAGAGCAUGUGGUUGAGAUUAGGGAAUGCCCCAUCUGCCACCAGCCUCGUUUGAACAAGCGGACUGAUUCGGACAUUAUCACUCACAUAGCUACCUGCGCCAGCCAGGAUUGGCGCCAAGUCAACAAUCUUGUGAUGGCUGGAUUCGUGACCGCCAGCCAGGCGCAGAGGAAGUGGUACUCCAAGGUCAUCACCAAGAUUUCAUAUGGAGGCUACAAGCUCGGCGCAAAUUCUGCCAACAUUCUUGUCCAGGAUCGCAUAACAGGACAGAUAAGUGAAGAGAAGAUGAGCGUGUACGUGAGACUCGGUAUCCGGCUGCUCUACAAGGGACUGAAGUCGAACAACAUGGAGAACAAGAGGAUCCGCAAACUACUCAAGAGCCUCAGCAUCAAGCAGGGCAAGAAGUACGACGACCCAGAGUCCAAGGCCGAAAUUGAGGGCUUCAUUGAAUUCCACAAGCUCGACAUGUCUGAAGUCCUCCUUCCGCUGGAGCAAUUCAAGAACUUCAACGAAUUCUUCUACCGAGCCCUCAAGCCAGGCGCCCGACCAUGUUCUGCACCCGAAAACCCUCAUAUCAUCGUGUCGCCUGCAGAUUGCCGUUCGGUGGUUUUCAACCGUGUCGACGUUGCCACCGGUGUGUGGAUCAAGGGUCGCGAGUUCUCGAUCAAGAGACUGCUUGGAGACGCAUACCCCGAGGAUGCGGCACGGUAUGAAAACGGGGGCGGACUGGGUAUCUUCCGCCUUGCGCCGCAGGACUACCAUCGGUUCCACAUUCCCGUGGACGGUAUCAUGGGCAAGCCCAAGCUCAUCGAAGGUGAAUACUACACGGUCAACCCAAUGGCCAUCCGCUCCGCGCUGGAUGUCUAUGGUGAGAACGUCCGUGUCAUCGUGCCGAUCGACAGCGAGAAACACGGCCGCGUCAUGGUCAUCUGUGUGGGUGCCAUGAUGGUCGGCAGCACCGUGAUCACCAGGCAAGAAGGCGAGCGCGUGAAAAGGGCCGAAGAGCUUGGCUACUUCAAGUUCGGCGGCAGCACCAUUGUUCUGCUCUUCGAAGAGGGCAAGAUGGUGUUUGAUGGUGACUUGGUGGACAACUCGAAUGGCGCCCUCGAGACCUUGAUUCGUGUGGGCAUGUCUGUGGGCCACUCACCCAACGAGUCACAGUGGGCACCCGACAUGCGGAAGGACGAGAAGGACAUCACGGAACAGGACAAGUGGGAGGCCAAGAGACGCAUUCAGGGCAACUACCACCUGGAGGACGACAGCGACGAGUCACCUCCUGCUAGCCAGUUUGCCGGGCAAGGCUCGGGCUAG